CGCAUUUCGUGUUCUGUAUACCUCACUACACAAAGUUGCAAUAAUAAUGGGAGACGUUUAGUCCAUAUAAUCAUUACAUGUACCAUCAUUCUUAACUAGCCGGACCAGGACAAACAAAUCAAUGUUUCGCUCGACAGUACAGGCAUUGCUUGCAAGAAGCUCCAUAAGCACGUGGAGAUUUACACUCAGUGCUAGUAGAUCAACAAACAUUGGACUACUAUGCCAGCGGAAACAAGGUCUUGCAAUGUCAGCGAAUCGCUCAUCCCAGCAGCCUCGGGUCGUGGUGGUCACCGGCUGCUCAUCAGGCAUCGGUCUAGCCACGGCCAAUCUCCUGGCCAAGGACCGCGAGAAGAGAUUCAUCGUUUACGGAUCCAUUCUCGGCUCGCUCGACGAGGAGCAGACGUUCCGUGAAACAGCCGGCGACGCCCUCAACGAUACCCUCUUUCCUGUCCGACUUGACGUCACAAAGGAUGAAGACGUCGAGGCGGCAGUUGCCAUGGUGAUGGAGCAACAAGGGCGCAUCGAUAUCCUAGUGAACAACGCCGGAAUUUGUACGAAAAAAACUUUGGAGACGAUCAGCAUGAGCGACAUUCUUCGGCUCUAUGACAUCAACCUGUUCGGCUAUCUUCGGAUGAUGAGAGCGGUCCUGCCGAUCAUGAAGAAACAGGAAUCGGGAAGGAUCAUCAAUAUGUCAAGUAGAAAUGGAAUUGAAGGAGCUCCGUAUCUAAAUAUCUACACUUCAUCCAAACUCAUCCCAGCAACCUCGGGUCGUGGUGGUCACCGGGUGCUCAUCAGGCAUCGGGCUAGCCACGGCCAAUCUCCUGGCCAAGGACAGUGA